AUGGUGCUUGUAGUGGUACUGGUGCAGAUGCUGGUACUGGUGCUUGUUUUGGUGCUAGUUUCUAAGGCUGGUGAUGGUGCUGGUGCUGGUUCUGGUGCUGGUGCUUCUGCUAGUGCUUGUGUUGGUGCUAGUGCUUGUGCUGGAGCUUGUGUUGGUGCUGGUGCUUGUGCUGUUGCUUGUGCCAAUGCCGUCUCUUGUGCCGAUCUUUGUGAUGGUGCUCAUGCCAAUGCCGGCUCUUCUGCCGAUACUUGUGCUGGUUCUUUUACUAGUGCUAGUGCUGGUGCUGGUGCCAGUGCUGGUGCUGGUGCUGGUGCUGCUGCUGGUGUUGGUGCUUCUGCUGUUGCUUGUACUGGCUCUGGUUCUGGUGCUUAUGUUGGUUCUGGUCCUGGUGCUUCGGCUGGUGCUAGUGCUGGAGCUGGUGCCUGUGUUGGUGCUGGUGCCUGUGCUUGUGCUAAUGCUGGUACUGUUCAUGUCGUUGGUGUGUGCUUGUGUUGGUUUAGUUUGUAA